AUGGGUAAAAGUCAAAGGCCAAAAUAUCCAAUUGAGCUUUUAUGGAAAUCUAACAGCUACUAUAAGGGGGUUGCAGAUAUUGAUAGUUGCCAGGUUCUGAAUUCAUGGACUAUGCCAGUGGUGACCUUAACCAGCAUCGCCGUUGCACUCCCUAACGUUGAAAGUCAAGCGGUUGACCGAUUGAUAAGUAGUGUGAGUGAAGGCCUUGUAUACGCCGGCCUUGUAGAGGAAAGCUUCAGUUCAAAAGCAGAAAAUAUGAUGAACUUGAAAUGUGCAACAGAUGUUGUGUGGGUAGAAGUUGAACUUUAUCGCAAGUGGUUGGGUAAGGAUCUUCGAAAACUAUCUCUCGAAAGAAAAACCAUCGAGGGGACUCUUCAAACAUUAGUCGAUAUCGCUAAAAAGUCUGUCAUUGAGUACCAAAAGAGCACGACCGGAAGUCCCAAUGUUCUAGCGGCUAAUUCCAUGUACAAAAUUAGCCAAACCAUACUGAAGGACUAUGAAGGCAAUACAGAUGCCGACAAGGAUGGGAACUUUUUUGAGCAACUAUCUGUCAUGAUUGCCGAUAUUUUUGGAGCUUGUCUUUCCAAUUUAUCGAGCGUUGUGAUUCGAAAGUGUCAUUGCAGCGCCAUAGAGGAAAGGGAAAAGAGUGUGAGGCGUGCGGCUCGUCUUCUGGGUGAAAUUGAAGAGAUUCUGGAAAUUCUUGGAAACAAACAACUGGCAUGCUUAAGUGGAGAUCGAGCUGCAGAUAUCGAGCAGGGGCACGUUUACAAGAUGCAGAAGGACCCCUCUUCUAUUGUUCCCUCAUCAAACAAUGAGGUAGCGGCUUCUGGUUCUGGUACCAAAGAGGAACAAUUCAAUCAACCAGAGGAGCAGUACCCCACCGAAGACCUCCCAGCCCAGGAAGGGGAUUUUGUCGAGCCAUGAACUAACUAUUACUAGAAGAAGCUCUUAAUCUUUUAGUAUUGUAUGUUCAAUUCCAAGAAGUGUUUUGCCCAACUUAUAGAACUUUAUUUAUUACCGGUCUGUAAUAAUUAUGGAUGUCAACUUAAGCUUUUGUAA